AUGGACGCGUGGUAUGUGUUUUUGUACUUUGUCACAUGUAUGCUGACGGUGAAUUCGGCAACUCAUUCGCUGAUCUACAUUUAUACAGCGCUGUCCGCAGACCUCGGCUUGCCGGGUGUGCACAAGUUUACAGCAAUAGGUCUACUGGACGGUACACCCUUUGACCGUCUUGAUACGGACAACCCACGGAAAAUCCCCACAACAAACUGGGCUAGACGACACUUAACUGCUGAAUACUUGGAUAAGGGCACGCAGAGUCGACUCAGCAAGCAGCAAUGGUUUGGCGUUAACCUAGAUGUCCUGCAGACUCGGAUGGGACACUCGGCGUCCGACGGGGAUGUACAUGUUCUACAGUGGUUACACGGAUGUUACGGGGAAACGAACCCCUCCGAGGAGAAGCUGCGGUUUGUCCGCGGGGUGGAUAAGUACGCUUACGAUGGUGACGAUUUAAUGUCUUUUGAUUAUGUGACACUGAAGUGGUCAGCUGCAACCGAGGCAGCGAAACCCACGGCGGACAAAUGGAACGCUGUGACCGUAUUCAACGAAUACACCCACGGCUACUUGCGCCAUGAGUGUAUCGAGUGGUUGUCUAGGUUCGUUUCACACAGCCAACGGGAACUGAGAGAAAGGGCAAUCGUCCCUGACGUGUACGUGUUUGCACGGAAGACACGCGGACCUGUUCUCACAUUGAUUUGUAUGGCAUCAGGUUUCUCCGCAAACACGCCUGCCAUGACGCUGAUGAGAAACAGCCGAGUUCUCGGUACGGACGACGGUCUCAAGGUCUUUGACAUUCUCCCAAACAACGACGACACGUUUCAACGAUGGAUCGCUGUGGAUAUGUUACAAUCUGACAAGGGGAACUUCACCUGCAACGUGUUGGAGGAGGACACGGGGUAUCACGUUAUCAAACACUGGCGCCUGGAGGAUCGCAGCAAAACUCUUCGCGCAAUUGCCUGGUCGAACACUGUUUUGCUCUGGGCCUUACUGCUGUCGACAGUGGUGUUUUUGUGCACUGCUGCUUUGUAUCCGGUGGUGGUGUGUAUUAUACGAAAGCGGAGGACUGGACAAAUUGCAAAUCAAACCGAUUCUUGUGCGCAACGCCACGGCCUAAAAGAUGAGACACCUGGAGUUUGA